AUGCCGCGGGGAUACCGCGGUGGAUACGACUACGCAUUCGCGGGGUGGAGGAAGCGAAACCGUGAGGCAUUCACGGAAGCGUCAUCUGCUGCUAACGCACGUGUUGGUUGGCCAGUCGGGGGUCGCGGUGGCGCGGAUGCCAAAGCUAAAGCCAAAGCCGAGGCGGACGCCGAGUCGGAUGCGGCGAACGCGCGCGUCGCGUUCGCGGCGGAGGCGACACGCGUCGCUCUCGGCGACGUCACGAACGCCGCGAGGCGAGACGAGGCGGCGCCGAAGGCGGCGAGCGGAGUCGGAUUGGAGGCGCCGGUGGAGAACGACGCGCCCAAAGAUACCGCUGGUGGUGUCGCGACGGCGACGACGCUCGCGUUGAAAUACGUCACACGCGCCGCCGGGGACGGACUCGGAGGAGCACCGGUCGUCACCUUGGAGGUGUUUAAUGCCGAAUUGUGCGCCAAGACCAUGAACAAUGAGACGGUGCGCGGCGUGGAUUUCGAGAGCAUCAUCUCAGACAUUUACUCGCGCGUCUCACCGAGCGCGUGCGCGCCGGACAGGUUCGCGCGUUGGCUCGCGAGAGGAGCGCCAUUGUUCGCGGCGACGGGGCUGCCGAAGGUCGACAUGAUGGAUGAUGAUGAAGCGUGUCGCCAACGUGCAUUUCGACGUACCACCAGUUCAACAAACGCACAGUGGUCCUCCCCGCUCAACGCGGCGGAGUCAAAGUAUGCGUGUCAAAAUCUUAACGCGGUUCGCGUCGCGGCGAUGGCGCUGGACGCGAGCGAAUUCGAGUUGCGUCAGGCUUUGGAAAAGGUCGAGACGGCCACGGGAUCGAUGGCGCGAUAUCUGAACGUACGCGGGUGCUAUCACUACAGAAUUCGCACCGACGACGGACUCGUGUUCGCGUACGUCGGGGAAAGUAUCGAUGUAGAGCGACGAAUCAACGAGCACUUGACGGCGCUGCUCGGCGACGGGCGCGCGCACGACAUGCAGCGAGGACACGCACUCGUUCGACGAGCCCAAAAGGGCGACGACGACCAUGCUGAUGCUGAUUUUCAAUGCAGUGUGUGGGUCAUUCACGGACAGGAUGAAGCGAGCGCGGUCGAGUUGGCGAAGACGUACGUGAAAACGUGCACGUCGACGCCGUCGAUUUUGGAAGUCGCGCGCGCGAUUGCGAGUGCCGGAUUCUUCGUCGAAGCGGUAUUCACCGCGCACUACGGGACCUUGCACGAGCACACCGCGGACGGCGUCAUCGGAAUGAACUUUUCUCAGCCCGGUGUGUGCCAUACCAGGGAGGUCACCCGCGAGUAUACGUGGAACGAGAUCAGAGAGACAUUCGGAAAGAAGACGCGAUGUACGAAGACUUUGCCGGCGUUCACGUGCGGACGGUGCAACAGAGAUUUUCCGCAAGGAAAGACGCGAAGUAACUCCCACGGAGACGGCCAUGGACGCGUGUGCGACACUUGCUACAAAAUCGCUUUGUAUGCAAAGAAGCCGCAGUUUCAGUGCCUUGAGUGCGACAGAGAGAUGCAAGGGAAACGAAGUUACCUCGGAGACGGCGAUGGACGCGUGUGCGCAAGAUGCUACAAAAUCGCUUUACUCGCGUCAAAACCGCCUUUUCGGUGCAAAAUUUGCGUUGGGGAUUUUCUGCAAGGGAAACGAAGUUACCGGCACGCAGACGGCCAUGGCCGCGUGUGCGUUGGGUGCUACCAAAAAGCAAGCAGGGCGAAUCAGCCACCGUUCACGUGCGCGCUAUGCUCGCAUGCGGUUUCUCGAGGGAAGCGGAGUCAUCCCCAAAGAGAUGGUGACGGGCGCGUGUGCAAAGCUUGCUACAGGAAAUGCCUCGCGUCCACCCGCGAAAUGUGA